GGGAUUUUCACUUCCCCUCUGUGCCCCCAGACCUUCGCUCUGUCUGGGACCUGGGGACAGUCAGGUUUUCCGGCUUAUCUCGGGUGCGGAGCACAGCUCCGAAGAGCCCCCCGCGGGUCCUCACGUGGGGCUUGGGCCUCCCGAGCCGUGUUGGGUGCGGCCAUUCCCCGCCUGACUGGGUCCGAGCUGUCAGCCUCCUCAAGACCCACACUGGAGGAGUGGGACUCGCCUAGCCGUUGUGGAGUCCAGCUGCUAGCUUUCUGCUUGGAUCUCUGUCUUCUCAUUUCUCCAGUCUCCUCAGACAGAAGCCCUCGGGGAAUGUAACAGCCAUGCCUGUGGACACGCUGACUCCGGGAGCCCGGGACACCCCUGCCCUACCUAUCCGCCUACGGACCAAGGUUCCUGGCUACCUGCUCCGGCGGCCAGCGGACGGUGGAGCCCGGAAACCUAGUGCUGUCGAGCGCCUGGAGGCCGACAAGGCCAAGUACGUCAAGAGCCUGCAUGUGGCCAACACUCGUCAGGAGCCUGUGCAGCCCCUGCUGUGCAAACAGCCCCUCUUCAGCCCUGGAACUCGCCGCACCGUGCUCACACCUAGCCGCCGAGCCCUGCCUGGUCCCGGCCGCCGGCCCCAGCUGGACUUGGACAUCCUUAGCAGCCUCAUCAACUUGUGUGAUAGUCCUGUGUCCCCUGCAGAGGCCAGCCGUACCCCUGGAUGGGCUGAGGGGGCCAGGCAGCCUCCCCCGGCCACGCCUCCACGCCCACCACCGAGUAUUGCUGCAGUCCGGCGAGUGGAUGUCCUGCCCCUGCCGGCGUCACCUGUCCAGCCCUGCCCAUCGCCAGGCCCUGCCGCUGCCUCUAGCCCAGUCAGGCCCCCAGGUUUGCAACGCUCCAAGUCGGACCUGAGUGAGCGCUUCUCACGGGCAGCAGCUGACCUGGAGCGAUUCUUUAACUUCUGUGGCCUGGACCCGGAGGAGGCACAGGGAUUGGGUGUGGCCCACCUAGCGCGGGCCAGCUCAGACAUCGUGUCGCUGGCGGGGCCCAGUGCUGGGCCAGCCAGCUCCGAGGGGGACUGCUCCCGCCGCAGCUCUGUCACCAUCGAGGAUCGGGCUCGGGAGCGUGUCCCCUAUGGCGUGUCAGUGAUAGAGCGCAACGCCCGCGUAAUCAAAUGGCUGUAUGGGUUGAGGCAGGCGCGGGAGUCUCCAGCAGCUGAAGGCUAGGUAUCCACUGGAGUCGGGAUCUUAGGCUGUUGGCCUCUUGACCUCUCCUGCAUCCAUUCCCUGGCUUGGAGCAGACCCAAGGCUGCUGCCUUGUGUGAACUUGCUGUGGAGGCAAAGGCUCAGAGCACCCAUCUGGCAAGGACUGACCUGGAGAGAGUUGGCUCUUAACCUUGGACCACUGCCUGGCCCUCACAUGUAGGGUUUUGACAUGAAUGUCCCCUGCUUGUGGGUUUGGAUUUGGGGCACUUAAGCCUCCCCACUGAGAGUGGAGGGCCAAGGGAUCUCACCAGAACUGUCUACCCAGAAGCUCUGUUUCUUUCUUCCUUCCUUGGCCUCUGGCCUUUGCUGACUUCCUCUUCUUUAGCCCGUGGGCCUUGGUUACCUGGGAACUCACUCUGGGGUGGGGCAGGGAAGAGUGGCCUUGGCAGCCUGGGCCUAGGUGGGUAGACUACAGAAGGGACUUGUAGGAGUCUGCACUGCUCUGACUUCCCUCCUUUUGGUUAAUAAACACAAAUGCUUGUUUUUCAAA